AUGGAUGGUUUCACGCUUGCACAACAAAGUUCUUCUUGUGCGGAUGAACCUAUUUCAUAUAGUAACAUCCCUACUAUGCUCAUUGGACCCUACUUUCCCAAGGAAACCCUUUCUGUCGCCGAGCUCCUCCGGUUCAAGGUUCCAUCCCUCCAAACAAAUCUACACUCAUGUGCAUGUCUCAGCUAUCACCCACCCUCCAUCAGAGAUAUAAUCGAGAGUGAUCUCCGCAACACACACUGGCCUUCCUACCCCACAAUUAAUAAUCUAAUUUCUGAAUAUGAGUCCAACUUUGACAACCCACCUUGUUCGGUUAAAUUUGGCACACAUUACAUCCCUAUCAAAAUCCUCCAAAUUUGGGAAACCCUCUUUCAUGUUCAGAACCUGCAGAAGGUGUGGAAGGAAUCAGAGGUGCAAGUCAGGAAGCCGGCAAACCGUUACCCUGCUCAGCGUGUUGCUAUCCUAGCAGCUCAAAAACAGCUCCUAUCAUCCAAGUGGAACACCAAAAUCCUUGGAUUUUCAAAAUCAACUUCUGGCUGUAUUGGAGGGCUGACGCGUUACCUCUCUUUCUCCUGCCUUGUCACUACAGAUAUUUCGUACCAUAUUGAACUUCUGAAACAUGCCCUAGAGGUUCCAGAUAUAAGCGCUAGGCUUUUGAGCCCUCUGGACAUUCAGUACUUGACUGGGUGUGCAAUGCAAUCAGACGGGAAUGGGCCAGAAAGAUAUCGACAAAGUCUCACCUGCAAAAUGCUCCACCAGUUUGGUGCUGAGCUCGCAUCUGGAUCUGUACAUCAAUUUGGAGGGAUUAUCCAUAAUCAACCAUUUACCUCGGUGAUUCCUUUCACAAGCCAAUGGGAGAUGAUGGGCAAUCGGUUGCAGUGA